ACUCACUCCUUCUUCCACCAGCACGCACCGCGGGAUGGCGCAAUCACGGCAUGUUGAGGUUGAGCUGCGAAUGAAGUGUCACCAUGGCACAGGCUGACGGCUUGGCUCACGCACUCUGCGAUUGGUCCCCCGGUCGCACAGAGGCGCUGCACAGCCUGGUUGAGCAAGAUGUAGUUUUCGACCCGCGUGCGUCGUUUUGACCGCGUUUCUGCACUUUUACCAUGGGCUGAGUGAUCUGCCAUGGGACUGCGAUGUCCGGAGUCCAGCAAUUGCAAUCAUCAUGUGGCUGCUGAACGCUCGGACGCGGCGCUUGGAGAACUUUGUUGAUGACAGGCGGAUGGAUACUACCUACGCACUUCUCUCGCAUACCUGGGCUAAAAAUGAAGUCGGCUUUGACGAUAUUCGUUAUGACUAUGCGAAAUAUAUGGACGGUUAUCAGAAGAUCGAGUAUACCUGCCUGCAGGCUUUGAAAGACGGCAUCGAUUACGUCUGGGUCGAUACAUGCUGCAUCGACAAGAAGAGCAGUGCUGAGCUUUCCGAGGCGAUCAAUUCCAUGUAUCGCUGGUACUAUAAUGGACAGGUAUGCUACGCGUUCCUCGAAGACGUCUUUACACCUAUGGAACAUCGUUGCAACGCACAUGAUCGGUCUACUUUUUCACGAAUGAGGGCACACAUCGCAGCGAGUCGAUGGUUCACCCGAGGCUGGACGCUACAGGAAUUAAUCGCGCCUCGCCGAGUCGAAUUUUUCGACCAGGUCUGGAAUCCUCUUGGCGUUAAGGAAGAAGUUGUGCUUCCGCUCUCUGAAAUUACUGGUAUCUCUACAUUCGUCCUAUGCGAUCGUAAUCAGCUACCACGAACUAGUAUCGCGCAAAGAAUGGCGGGGGCAUCUGGUCGCACCACGUCGAGGAUGGAGGAUGAAGCAUACUGCUUGCUUGGACUAUUCGACGUCAAUAUUCCGCUCAUGUAUGGCGAAGGUAAGAAGGCUUUCAUGAGGUUGCAAGAAGAGAUCAUACAAACUCGAAGCUGGGAAGAUCAAGAUGAUUCAAUUCUUGCUUUCAAGAGUAUGAAUGGGGACAUAUUAGCUUCCUCGCCUGGAGACUUUCGCCAAUGUCACAAAGUUGUCAGAACUGAACUCGCUGGACAUGGUUCAUUAGAACUGUCAUAAAGAGGGCUGCAAAUCAGUCUGCUGGGAACUACAUUGCCUGCUACCGGCCAAGCUUACGAUGAGGACGAUCGAGUGCUAAACGACGUGACAAUCAUGCUGGACUGCGCCAAAUCCGGCGGUCAUUCUCGUUUCGGUCUACGCCUGAGGCCUCGACCUCCGAUUGAUCGUGCGGG